AAAUUGUUUUGAUUUUGUUGUUGUUGUUAUGCAACGUGGAUUUUUUUCUUCUGGAUUUUGUUUUAGAUUCUUAUUGUUUGGAAUUGGAAAUUGGAUGAGAUAAAAAUUCAAAAAUGGCUCGACGUCCGAAACAACAACAACAGCAGCAGCAACAACAACAGCAAAUAAAUCCGCAACAACCAUUAGCAUCAGCGGCUAAUGUACAAUUGCAACAACAACAACAUCAACAAAUGAUGAUGCAGGCAUUAAAAUCAAAUGUACCGAAUUUAGAUCCAAAUGAAACAAAAAAAUGGCAUACAAUAUAUCCACAAUAUAUUAAUUCAAAUUUAACUGUUGAUCGUGGUCGUCGUUUAGGACGUUCAAAAUGUAUUGCCGAUCCAUUGGCCGAAGAAAUAUUCAAUGUAUUGGCUGCCAAUUCACAACAAUUCCAAGUUCAAUUAAAUAUGUAUAAAUGUUAUUGUCGUGAAAUGGAUAAGGAAAAUAUUCGUUUACGUGGAUAUGUAAAAUAUCGUAUUAUUAAUGAUAAUGAUCAGCAACAAUUUAAGAAUAAAAGACAAGUAUUAAAAUAUGUUGCAUCAAUGAUACCGAAAUUGAAAUCAAGACAGAAUCCACAAAAAUCUCAACAACAACAACAGCAAUCAUCCGGUGGUGGUGGUGGUGGUGGCAGUGGUGGAGGUGGUCAACAAUCGGAACAAUCACAACAACAGCCGCAACAACAACAACAACAGGGUGGAAAGAAAAAGAAUCGACGAAAAUGAAUUUUAUAAAAUUGAAUUUCUCUAAA